AUGGCGAAACUACUGAAGGAGUCGCUACCGAAAACCAAAGCGACUCGAGCCACGUGGCUCGCAACGCAUGAAGAACUGGACGAGAAUGAGUCGCUUGGCGGUGUCGGAAUUGUAGAUGUCUACACGGGUCUCGUGCUGCUGCUGCUCGUGCCAUUGGCUGCAGUCGUCUACGUCGUUGUUGGGAUCACGACCGUGCCAGGACUAUUGGUCCUUCAACUCUACAGGACAAAAGGGCUGCAGCGACCGGUGAAAAGCAUCCACCGAAGCAAAGGGUUUUACACAGUAGCUGCUGUCGUCGCCGUCUUGGCGCUUCCGUGCCACGUCAUUGUGCUGCUCUAUUGGCUCGUGCUCUUUCCAACGAUCUUCCUCGCCAGUUGUCUCUAUUCGUUGCUGUCGCUGAACAUACUGCUGCUAUGCAAGAACAUUGCACUGAUGAAGAGCUGCAGUCGGUGGCCCAAGUGGAGCUGGAGUGACACAGUGUGUGCAGUGCUGGGGACGAUGGACCGACAAGGCUUUGCAAAGUUUGUGGUGAAACUGCCGUCGGCCGUCGUGGUCGCGCCCAUGUUGAAAUAUCUACUCGGGUGUAAUCCGCUGCUGUAUCGCCUGUCGAUUCGACAGCGAUGUCUGUGGACGUCACCUCUGGAUUUUGAUGACCAAAAAGCUGUGGCAGCGGUGGUUCAAGCAGCGUCUUGGACGCUUGUAAACCUCACGGACCUGUUGACGCGACAAACGAGCAAGCCGCCACGCACGGACGAUCAUAUUGUUGGAGGCCAUAUUCCGUUUCCAGGACCCGAUCGAAUGAGUGGGACGGUCGUUGGAGUGUUUACGACCAACUCGAUCAUCACGUUUGUGAAUGCAGACCACAACGUAAACGGCAGCGUGUUUUACAGCAUGACAGCCAAACGCAGCAUAUACAACGUCCCCUUGUUCGUUUGGAACCCGUGCCACUAUCUGACGGGCUACAUCGAGAUCAACUUGCAGCACGACGGAGGCAUUGAGCAAGCCAUGUGGUGCCUCGUAGGUGACAACUACUUGGGCAAUCUGCUGUUUGAGCGCACCGACGCACUCUUUUGGCACUUUGACCCCAUUAAGCGCGGUCAGAUGGGGCCCAGCAACGUCCAAUUCACUCGUGGCUCCAACGCGUUAACAAUGUCGGUAACAGAAUCUAUGGCGAUCGUAGAUGUCAGCAAUACCGACGCAAGGCUUACCGUCGAUAGGGCUGGAGAUGGCCCCGAGAACGCCCUCGUCGAAGAAAGACAAGCAGAUAAGGGCAGGCGUGAUUCUUGUCAAAGGCUUGACGGCUUUCAAUCCGGCGUCGACCCUCGUAAGUCAAAGUUGUGA